AUGGAAUAAGAAGAAUAAGUAACAGCGUAUAUUGAUUAAACUGAUAAUAUUUCUUAUGAAGAAGCUUAUAUUAUAAAUAGAUAAUAAAUUUUACAUACAGAAGAUAUAUUAAAUAUAAUAGCAAAUGUAUUACAGGAAAUAAUUCAAUAAACUGAUAAUUAACCAAUAGAAUUUUUAACAAAUUUCCAUGGAUAAAAUAUACCAAAUAUCUCUAUAAAAGAUUAUUUAUUAAGGAUAUCUAGAUGUACUAAUUGUUCAUAAGAAUGUUUUAUUUUAGCAUUAAUAUAUAUUGAUAGAAUAACUUAAAGGCAUAAAAAAUUUAAUAUAAAUAGUUAUAAUAUUCACAGAAUUUUAAUAUGUUCAAUAAUGGUAGCAAUUAAAUUUUUUGAUGAUAAAUAUUAUAAUAAUGAAUAUUAUUCCAAAGUUGGGGGCAUUACAAAUUAAGAAAUAAACUAAUUAGAAAGAGAUUUUUUACAAUUGAUAAAUUUUAAAUUACAUUGUAGACCCGAAUUAUUUUUUACUUAUAGAGGAAAAAUCAUAAUAUCAUAAGAAGCCAACAAAAACGAGAUGUAAGAAUGA